CAGGCUGUUUCAAUAUUUCGACAGUCUUCAGUAAUGCGCAAACAGUUGUCCUCUGUAGCUCCUGUGCCACCGUCCUUUGCCAACCUACUGGUGGACGUGCGCGCUUGACUGAAGGUUGUUCUUUCCGCCGAAAAAUGGCGUAAAGCCUUGCUUUAUGUACUUGUACAACGCUGGCAGUUGUAUGAAAUAUACAACGACAACUCAAAAGUUCUCUUACAACUGGUGGUUUUUUGCGUUUUUGCUCCUUAUAUCAAUCUCACUUCAAAGCCAAGGUGCUCCUAGGAUUUUUAUAUUUUUCCACUCUAAACAGUUACAGUAGAGCGUCCAUACCAGGCUGUUCCAAUUUAAUAAACAACGGCAUUAUAACAUA